AUGAACUGUAUUCAGACCAAAUGUGUGGUCAAGCGCAAAUCCAGAGAAACUGAUGAAACCUUUUCUUUUACUCACUCCAAGGAUUCCAUGAAGAAGAACAUGUGCGACCGUGACAGACCCAAACGCUACCCACUCUUGUCGUUUUGGGAGCUGCCUGAAUACAUGAAGGACAACGAAUACAUUCUGCGUUAUUACAGAGCCAAUUGGCCCUUCAAACAAGCUCUCUUCAGCCUCUUUCGCUGGCACAACGAAACCUUGAAUGUUUGGACCCAUUUCAUAGGGUUUUUACUGUUUCUUGGGUUGACUCUCGCCAAUUUGAUGAAGCCUCGUAUGGCGGAUCUCUUGCAACUUGUUACCAGGUCUUUUUCUUCAAGUGCGGACAAAAAUGUCUCUCAUAACAUCAAAGAUAUGUUUCUGGGAACAACGCUACUCUUUGAUUUAAAUAAUCAAAUGCCUUUGACGAUCGAACUUCAAUCCACAGCAUUGGUUAUAGCAAGGUGGCCAUUCUUUGUUUUUCUUGGUGGUUCAAUGUUCUGCCUCCUCUCUAGCAGCAUGUGCCACCUGUUCUGUUGCCACUCCCACAAAUUGAACAUGUUCCUGUGGCGACUGGAUUAUGUAGGAAUAGUUGUCAUGAUCAUCACCUCCUUUUUCCCUCAAAUCUACUACGUUUUCCUCUGUGAGCCUCACUGGCAAAUCAUGUACCUUGCUGGGAUCACAGCCAUGGGACUAUUCACCAUCGCAACAAUGCUCUCUCCAACACUUUCCACUAGCAAAUACCGAUCAUUUCGUGCCAUGUUGUUCUGUUCAAUGGGACUUUUCGGUGUUGUGCCUGCAAUCCAUGCGUGCUUUGUGAAUUGGACCAAUCCUAGACGCAAUAUUACCUUGGCAUACGAAAGUGCCAUGGCAUUGUCCUACUUGACAGGGACCUUAUUCUAUGUGACAAGGAUACCCGAAAGGUGGAAGCCAGGGUGGUUCGACUUGGCAGGUCAUAGCCACCAAAUUUUUCAUACUCUGGUGGUGGUUGGAGCAUUAGCUCAUUAUGCAGCCACUCUUCAAAUGCUCGAGUGGCGUGACUCUUUUGGGUGUGAUACGGUUCCGUGA